GAGACGCUCACACACAGUAUCAUAGCGAGCCUGUGACAAGACGUAUUCUACAACGCUCUAAGCCUUAACAUUUUAUUCCAAUGGAUUUUAAACGCAAACUGAUUAGUCCACUACGAGACAUACAGUUAGUAUGGAGUAAUCUGUCCACGUGCUUGGCUAAAGUCCGAUGCAGCAUUGUGACUUCCGCAUCAUAACCAUACCGUCAUUAGCAGUACUUAUGAAAAUAUAUAUGCUACAUAUCGUCCCGUAGCAGUGUGUGUGUUUCACCCUCGGAAAGGGAUAUACAAGUGGUUUUCAAAUCUUUAUUUUCACCUCUGGCUAUUGGAAAUACGUAUCGGAAAAAAGUGUGUAGAAUUCCUGUGGGAUUAUCGGUGCAGGGACCCUUGUGGUUCCUAACAUGUGUCACUUUUAGUUACCUGGAGUUACGAUCGAUACGUGAUACCUGGAAACUACUAUGUUGAUAUUUAUAAACAACAGGCAUGACUCCAUACACUGGACGUGUAUAACAUGGAUUGAUGCUGGUGUCCGGCGGGGCAUGCAUGUGUGGCGAGCGAGCUAGGAUACCUCAAUGAUGUUCGGAUAAUACGGGACGGAUUAAUUCUGAAGUGUUAAUUCCGAGGAUACACAUGUUAUAAUUCCGUUUGGAUUAUUGAUGUUGUUGAUGUCACCUGGGCAGUACCAGAGUGUACACCGUUGUAAAUGAGAGAGAAAGUCACGGCGCCCUUCUUACUGGAAAAACACGGGCCUGGAUGUGACUAUCAAUACAUUCCGGAUUAUACCUGUGAUAUAUAGCAAAAAAUUGGGAAUUAUUUUGUGGAUUAAAUACGGCUGAGGGAGUUUGUGUUAUACAAGGGAGAUGGCAGAGCGUCCCGUGGGUGAGACCGGCGAGUCGACACCCCGGCGCUUUUGCGCUGCCUGAUAUGAUUCCAUUUAGACUCCUAGCCAACACAGCCGUGAGAAGUUCAAGUUACCGGUCCAAUGGUCGUGAAAUGUUUUCUCCUUCGAUUGUGACACAGCCAAAGAGAAGCAGUGAGUUUCUGUUCCUUGUGCUUUGUUUUGUGAUGUUGACUAGCCCAGCAUUGGCUUACCCUAGAAAACGUCCGCCCCCAACAAAGCUUAGUAACAUCACGGAAAUCACAGUUCCCCGCUGUAGUCCCGUGGACCCCGAACAUCUCCGUUAUCGUAUGGGAAAACUAUACGACGAAUCGAGGAUGGCUAUGGACGAGGAGGAUGUGAAAAGGAGCACGUUGAGAGAACGUUCUAUAGAGGACGACGAUGAUUUCGAGAACGAUGAUGACGAUGAUGAAUUCGGUAAUACAGUGGAUGAUUUCGAUUUAGAUAUAGAUUCGAUUUCUAACUCAAUGAGUGAUGGCAGUUACAGAAACUCACAGGACACAACCGUUCGAACGCAGGACUCGGCGUACUUAGAUUCUAUGAAAUUCAUGAGACGGAGAAAACGGCGAGCGAUUAUUGAAGAGGAAGAGGAGGAUGAAGAUGAUUUCGAUGAGGAUGUGACAUUUUACCAAAGAUUAAUGCAAUUAAAUGUAAGACACAAGCGGGCGGGUUCCCGCAGGGGCAGAAGGCGAAAACUAAAACAGAAACUAAAACGGAAAGAACACUUGUCAUGGAAAUGUAAAAUGAAAAAGAAAUGGAAUAAAACUAAACCAGGUUAUUUUCCCAAGUAUUAUAAUUCCGUGGAAUGUGUAACAAAGUUGUGUUAUUAUAAAUUAAACGAGUGCGUUGAGCAGGGAUACACAAUCAACUUAUUUAAAAUGGACCCAAAUCGGUGUAACCCUGUUCCUACAGUGGGACUCAACACGACGUACGAGGAGGUAUGGGUGUUCGAGAAACUCCACGUCAACGUAUGGUGUGAAUGUGGUAAUCCAAAGAACAAACAAAAGCGGAAAAACCGACGGCGACGUCCGAGAGACGUGUGAUAUUUAUAGACUAGGGAUUUACCGUUACAGUGAUGUGUUCUUGCGCAUGCGCCAACUGUGAUACAAUGGUGCCGCAGCUUACUGUGUACUGUUAUUGAGGAUUCUGCUGGAGGAUUGUUGUCCACUUGUUGUUACUAAAGACAGGCCUGGCUGGCUCUCCGGCCUGAGUUUACUAGCCAGAGUCAUAUAUUUAUUACGUAUGUUAUGAAAUCCAGCGAUGGG